CAACUGCAUGAAAUGUAAAAAACAUGUUUGUUUCGAGCAUGCAGUUAUGCUAUGUUCUGAUUCUUACUCCAAUGAAACCACAAUCGAUUAAUACGUUUUUAUUUUGUUUUAUAUCUCUUUAUACCUCAAUGAAUUAUAUUCAGUUGCUUACUUUUAAUUUAUAACAGUGAAAAAUUCGAAUUUCGUUAUUUGUGUUGGAGUAUCAAAAAUAACUCUGUUUUGAGAAUGCUGAAUUAGAUGACUAUUAAAACAUAACAAAGAUGAAGAAAACAUAUUUUUUGGAGUUUUUUCAUUCAAUCAUACCCUCUCCUUCAAAUAAAUGCCAAUAAAGCCUGAAAAAUACCCAAUGGCAACAUUACAGAGAAGUUCAAUUUUCGGUCUGUGACACUGUGCGCGAGUAUACGUGUUAUGAUUUUGCACGCGAGUACAGGAGGGUUAAUACACCAAUUCCGUAUUGCAGAGUUUCAGCUAAACCUAACGCUCCCAUCAAACGAUCGCAGGAACAAGACCUUAUCUACGGUAGAACUGGAAAACCAAUUGGACGUUUUGAAGUAAAAGAUAAGUGAUAAUGUCGAACACUUUUGAAACUUCAACCUACAGACAAUGUUUGUACAAAAAAAGGGUAUGUACCUAGGAGCACGAACAAUUUUUGACGUAGGAGAGUGUUUUUUGUUUACACAUUAUGUCUUUUCUUUUUUAUAUGAUGAUCAAAAACCGGAUUCUUCGCCACUUGACAUUGUGGUGCUCGGAAUGAUGGCGUCUUAUCACGGGGCUGAUGAAUCCGUCUGAGAGUGCUGGCCAAUCGAGUUCUAAAAAUAACUUACAUAAAGUGUGCUAUUUCCAUAGAUAGUAGAGGACUAUCCAUUCUAAUUUAAACCAAAUUACCUGACCACAAAAUUUAACGGCAGACCCCGAAUCUUAAAUAUUAUUCCGCAACAAAACCAUUAUUUUAAAAUCAUAUAAUGGGACUAUUAUAAGGCAAAAACUCACUCGAUUCGGCUGUUGUACCUAAUUUCGAGAUACUACUUACAUUGUAGAAACAAUCGGAAUAAUCAUCUUCAGUACUCUCAAGGCGACUUUGUGCAAUGACUCAGACAUGACUCACCAAAACUGCUUCAAAUCAUUCUCCAGGAACGUACCACAAACCGAGGAAUUACGCGGCUUGAUUAGAUGUAACUAAUCAAGAAGACUAACCACAUCCAAUGAGGAAGAAAACGUAUUACAGUUCUGGAAGUGCUGCUCAAACUGCUUUUCCAGUGAGUCCGAUGAGCAAUAAUUUUCGAUUUACAUCCAAAUUAAGUUCCUUUGAUAGUGAUACAGCAAAGCCUCUCGAACAUGGCAGAAAUUAUUCAGUACUGACCUGACCGUUUCUGAUUUUGACCUUUGCUUAUAUGUUGUCUUGAAACAGAAGCAAAUGCUUGAAUAUUGUUAGAAUUAGAUGGGUUCGCAUGUUUUAAAGCUUCAAAUUUAGCACAUUCAGAUGCCCCUCAGAUUCAGAUGUUCCUCACUUAAAUAUGCAAGUAUUUUUUUGCUAACAUCUGGUUGGCAUGGAAAUUUAUAAAACAGGAGUUUUCCGAUUGUGUAAAAUAUAUAUGCCUAGCUCGCGAUUGUUGUCCAAAUAAAAAGCGAUGAUUUCAGAAUUAUCUUAUCAUUAUGCCAAAAUACUGGAUUUAUGGGAUGAAUAGCUGAAAUUUUCAAUAUAUUCAACGAACGAAAAAAUGUAAUUUAGGAAAGACUGAAGAAACUGAACAGCAACCUCUUUCACAGACCCUGAAGAAGGGAUGACCCCACUAAGUUCUAUGGUAUAAUUUUGUCUCACAAUUACUUUGGAAGUCAUCUAGAUACUUAAUGCAGAUCGGUCGAUAAGAAUUUUGAUUUUUUUUAAAAUACAUUGGUGGAGUCUCAACUGAAAUGUGAACAAGGACGCAGUUGAGAAAGGUGCAUAAAAAAUCGAGAGUGAAGAUGAACCGCAUUUUGCGGGGAUUAACCUUUUUCUCAAUGAGUAAAGCAACCUUAGACAGAAGAAUUGGAUGACUAGAUAUCAGUGCCUGCUGUCUAGUUUAGUUUUUGAACAUCUUUUAGUGUUUUUGUUUAUAUUAAAAAACAUGAAAUACUUAAAAAUAAAUGUAGGAUAUAAACCCAAUUCAAUUAUUUCCUUGAACUUUUAAAUGACAAAAUUGUAUAAUGUUCACGUGGACAACAGGGGGAUGAGUAUAGUCAAUGUCCACGAUUGUCCACGGGAGUCUAAAAUCGUACUUUUCUUGUCCACGAAAUGCGUAUGAAUAUGUGUGAGUAUCAUCGCUCCUUAAAAUAUUUGUACCUACAAAUGCAUGAAAACAAAAGUUACGACUCGUUCACUCUGAGAGUCGCGUAUGAUUUUAUACUUCCGGUGCGAUUUGCGAUUGAAUGCUCCUCUAAUUUACUCAAAACUUUGAAAAAUCAGCUAGAAAAAACCGCUGAACGUAUCAAUAUGAAACGUUCACAGAUGUUUAGGGAAUACGCUAGUCUAAAAAUUUGCCUGUAAACAUUAGAACUUACUGCGAUAUUUGCAGAAUUACAGUGGAUUCUGUGAUGCACUAUAAAAAUUUUGUUUUUGGCACUUUUUCGAAAUCGAUGCAUUUUAAUUAUCAACUUUAUCAUCAAUGGAUGUUUAUGAGUACCAGCAAUGAAAAUUAUCCGGUUUUUGUCAGUUUUGAUUCAUGCGACGCCUUUUUUCCUUCGAAUGAUUAAAUUUUCAAUGGUACUCAUUUUGAAAAAUAAGUCAAUAUCAUUGUGCAAUUAUAUACCUUGUCAACGGUCAAAUCAUAAGUCUUCAAGUAAUUGAAAAAAUUGUGCUUUGAAAUUAUCCAUUGCACAAAUUUUAAAAUCAAGACAAGAAUCGCUGAAUUUAAACGACCCAGAUACUAUCAACAACCACAGCCGUUUCUAGCUUGCUGUAUUUUCCCUUAAAGUAAAUAUAGAAUAUCUACCAUCAAUUAUUUUAAACAUUGAAACAAUUCAACCUUCAGCAGCAUAUCUAAUUAUUCUUAUAGUGCUUUAUGAUUCUUUUUUUUUUCAUUAGCUUAUAUAGCUUAGUUGUCACUACACAAGAAUAAAUAUAUUACAAAAAAGUUUUACCGAUGAUCCCAAAAAGCAAUUUCAACAAUUGAUUAGAUAUACUCAACGACUGUCUCUUCCGCGGCUCAAACUGGGAAACGGCAUAGACCGUCCAUCUCAUUUCACACCAUCGAAGAGGAAGUUGCUCAGAGUUAUUCGUAGUUUUUUAGUUCUGAGUUUAUGAAAAUAAUAUGCUUUCAGGCUUUCAAAGAACCACAAAACGCUACAAAUCCUACAGUAAGACAUUUUUCUAUAAAUAAUCACUUUUCAUAUAAUUUCUCAUUUUUCGAAAAACGUGAUAAAAACGAAACAUUUUCAGUGAUAAAUUCGAGAGUGAUAAAAACGAGACGUGUUAAAACGCCUUGUGAUAUAAUCGAGACGUUACUAUAUAUAAAUUUUGACAAGUCAGCUCCUGCGCCUGAACGAUUUCCACCAAAAUCGUAAUUCUUGAGAACGUUGUCGAAAAGCACACCUCAUGUCAUGGAAAUCCACUCUGUUACGGUGUUUUGUUCCCAUCAGCAGCAUUGUAGGAAAUCCGGAUUCACAACAACACUCGUGACGCUUAUUCCGCAUAUUAGGAUGAGAAUCGACCAUUUGUAGAUCUAUGAGAUUGUUCUGAAAUUGAUCCGGAACUUUAGUCACUCAAACCAUGUUCAAAUUUGUUCUUUGAUUUAAGGAAAAAAAUGUUUCAUGGUUUUUUUAUGGUCUUCUGUACUGUUUCCUCGUCUGUUCCAUCAUCAUUCACUGACGAAAGUCUUUUAAACAUUGCGAAGUUGUUCGGUUGAACAUUACAUUUCAGAUUUGGAAAUAUUUGCCGAGGAUCGCAAAUUUUAGCGUAUCCAAUAAAGUUUUUGUGGCAAAUUUUUGCUAAUCAUUGUCCUCCCAAUUCCCCCGUUUUAAUGACCAAAUUCCCCACUAGGGGGGAAUUCCCCACCGGUUGAAAAUCACUGAACUAAGAGUUGAAAAUUGGAUCAAGUAAAAGCAAGAUAAUUUAAAUUUAUUUUAUUAUCCUGGUAGUUGAAGGUGAGAUUGAUGUGUAGAAUGUAUAGAAUGAAAUUCAAAUCAAAUUUAUUCUUCGAAACAAUAGGUUUAAGUAUUAGAGGCAGAAGGUGAAAAAUAGACAGUGGAGGAGACUCAAAGUAAGAUUUAUUAUAACAAUGUAAUUGUAGGACUUUGUAGGACCAUCACACUAACGGAAUAGAGUUGGUUUAUUUAAAUAGAAAAUCCUCCUGUAUCCAUCAGCCUCCCUACCCAGAAGUUGAUGAUACGAAAAAUCUUUAACCAGUGUUUAUUACUUCUAUUUUCACAGCUCAACUUUCACUACUGAUGAAAUCUUAGCGAUUUUUCUGCGGAGAACAAUGCUAUUUUUUUUACUAUUUUCAGCAAGUAUUGAUGCCAAACUUUUCAAUCAUCAUUUUGACGCGGGACUACGUCUAACCGGAAUAUAUAGGGGGUAAAACGAAAACCUAAACACAGAACAUGCAGGAAAAAAUGCAAGGUUUCGAAUGCUUAUAACUCAAACAUUUCUUACUGGAUCGGCAAGAUGUUUGCAUCAAUCGAUAGGGAAUAUCGAUCGCAUCUAUCGCAGCUAAUGAAAUGUUAUUUUUCAUUAGAUAAACAAUUGAAUAAUUGUAAAAUGUUAAGCGUUAUCUAAACGCCCUAACUGCCUCGUUUUGAUUGGCCCGAUUUACUGUUUCCCCAACACAGCCAUCAAAACCAAGCAGCCUUGGGGAAAUCGGCAUUGCAAAUACAUGGAAGUAGGGGGACUUUUGUUCUCACCGACAUAUGUUCCCUAACACAGACUUCAAAACCAAGCAUCGUUGGAGAAAUCGGCAUUGCAAAUACAUGAAAAUAGGGAGAGCUUUUGUUUCCCUAACAGAAAUUUCUAAACUAAGGUGCCUGGGGGAAAUUAAGAGGAAACUAGACUUAAGAAUCUGGGAAAAUCGUGCAGACACUAGAGGCGAAUGAACAUUCAUGUUUAAAGCAUCUGUAGUAUAAAAAGUAGAAGUUGAAGCUAUUGAUUCAUGCAAGUUGGCACACGCGUGUUUUGUUUUGCACUCCAAAAAGCGUUCUUCUAACACGGAUUGCAAAAGCGGCUACGAACACAACGCUUUGGCUCUGUUAUUCAAGAUUGCAUUGAUAGAUAUGCAUUCAUAUCCUCUACUCACUGAAUUUCUACGCAUACCAUUUGAUGAUAAAUGUUGAAUGUUGAUAACCAUUUGCUGCGAUAACGCCUAUUGAUUAAACAAUAUGCGUUCGACGUACAUGUCAAAAUCGAAACUGCGUGCCUGAAGCUCAUCAAAUCCAGCAAAUUAGCGGUUCGAGAAGUACGUAAACUUGAGAGAUGCAAACUUCAAAGGGAAAUGUAAAAUAAAAUAAUCGUUUGAUAAUUCUUCCGUUCAUAUAUUCAGUCCUAGGAAUCAUACCAAUCGUAAAAGGACUGUCAUUAAAUUUACUUGUAGCGGAGAACAUAAUCUAUCACAAUGUAUGAAUUGACCUAACCUGGCAUGUAUUCAGUCUUUUUACUCACACAGCAAUUGAAUUGAAUUCAGUUGAAUUCGGAAAUUGUUUCAUGCAAUCAAAAACUUAAUCAAUACAAACAAAUGAUUGCUAAGCUAAGGUAGUUCCACGUCAACCUUGCGGUUAUAUCAUAGUUAUAACCCACCCAUUUUUUUUAAUCCGCACACUAUCGCAUCACAUUUUUGUGCUCACCCUUUGAACGUUCACCGGAGGCCUGAGGGUGCUCAUACACUGUUUGACCGAAGCCAAAUAUUUGACUCUUUUUGACAGAUAAAAUUUGGUCAACGUGUACUGAUCAAAUAUAUUCUACACAAAACACGACAAGCAAAUAUUCAAUUAUUGGAUGCCUAAAAUAUUUUUUCAGUCUGUUCUUCGAACCUGUCGGUACAUGGUUAGGUUACCUUGGAUAUUUCAGUUGAUUUUUUUCCAUGUUCGGUGUUUGAUAUUGUUUACUACUGUUUAAAAUUGAAGAGUGGCAAACAAAAUAGUGUUUGUACAAAUAUCAAAUAAACCUUAUCUGUCAAAAAAUAUCAAAUAUUUGACCUCCGGGCAAACAGUGUACGGCCACCUUGAGAGGAUGUUCGACGCAAGGCGCCUAGAAGUAUAUCCUAAGGUGAGGCCGUUUCGUCACUAAGUUGGUUAGGGGAGCGGUAUACGAAAACAGUACGGAAGAAAGCAGAAGGGGAAUUAUUUGCUUGAAGCGUGAAAGAGACAGACUGAUCACGAGCGAGCUUGGGCACAAGCAAAGUACGUAGAAUAGAAGGUAGUCUCCUCCCUGCUUUGUUCAAGUAGUGGUAGGCAAAGAAAAAAGCAAAAAAUUGUAAUAAACCAUCGAUUGAAUUCAUAUAAAUUCGAACAUUUUUGAAUUUUUUCAAAUUGUAACAAAAGAACUGUCUCAAAAUAUGUUUCCAGGGGAUGAAACAACAGUUAAUCAUUUUAAAAUUAAAAACAGUGAAAUUAUCGCACCUGUAUUAUAAAAAUAACGCAAAAAACGAUGAACAAAUGUGUGGAGAGGUUAUAUCAAAGCAGUGUCGUUCCCGCAAUUUGAUAAUAUGAUGAAAGAUGAACACUGCUGAUUUUUGUGUCUUUCAUUGAAGCAUCCAUCAUGAAUCAUCGCGACGCUUUCAUUGGUCUCAGUUUGGAGUGUUCAGCCGUAGUGGGGCCACUUAAGGGACCAAAUUGGCGUUUCUGGAAAACGAGAAAAACAUUUUCUCCAUCCCGGAUCAUCUUCCGAAGUGAUUGCAAAUAAAUAUUUUGCACUUUCGCAAGAAGUGAAUGUAUAAAUUUGGAAUUUCGUGUGAAACCAUUGAAACGGAACGUUUUGGAAGAUCCAAGAAGCAAAUGCAUGGAACAGCUGAAAACAUCUCCGAUUAGUUUAUCUCAUUACAAUUUAUAUAAAAAACACACUUACCUCCAGUACGAAGACGUCUUCUUUGCUGAUUAUAGGUUAAAACAGUAUCCCCAAAAGAAUCCGGCGAAAAAUUAAGCGAACAAACAAAUAUGUUUCGCGUAUCGAACGAGAUUUUGUAUUCGAAAAAGUUUAACCAUUUCCGUCUCAACAACGUCUCAACGGAAAAUGGUGGAAAAUUAUCCGACUUUCUUCAAAAUUUUUCUGCUCCGGCAUCGCGGGACGUUGCACUUCGACAUAUUGCUGGAGUAAACAAACACUGUUCAGUAUGAAAUCGAUAAAAAAUCACAUCAAACCUUACCUGCAGUGAAAAUGCGGUACACUAUCGUGAUUAUCGUCGGCUCGACCAACGAUUUGGUCACUUUUUACGAUUUUUUGAACUUUUCAAAACAAGAAAUAUUGCAAAAACUUCCGAACAUCGAACAAAUUGAGGAUUGUUUAUUACUAUCUUCUUUGUGUGCGCGCUCCGUGUGUAUACACAGGUAAUAUCACUUACCUUCUAUUCUACGUACUUUGGGGCACAAGCGUAUUGUGCUUUGUUUACCAACAAAACACAGUAGACUUCCAAGAUGGCUGCAGAGUGGUUUUAGCCAAGACGGGUCUAUGGUACUAGGUGAGGCCGUUUCGUCACUAAGUUGGUUAGGGGAGCGGUAUAUGAAAACAGUACGGAAGAAAGCAGAAGGGGAUUUUUUUCCUUGAAGUGUGAAAGAGACAGACUGAUCACGAGCGAGCUUGGGUACAAGCGUAUUGUGUUUUGGUUACAAACAAAACACAGUAGACUUCCAAGAUGGCUGAAGAGUGGUUUUAGCAAGUUGGCCCACCUUAGGAUAUACUUCUACGCGCCUUGGUUUCAGCAUGUUGGCCCACCUUAGGACACACUUCUAGGCGCCUUGGUUCGACGUACUGAAAACAUGAAUGAACUUCUCAUAUAAGAUUCCACGCAAAGCAGUAUUGGUGUCAACUCGCAUCCAUUCAAGAACAGCGGUCGUGAACUGUGAAUUUGGUAGUAAAUAUUGGAGUAAAGUUCACUCCAAUCCAGUCGAAAGUUUGCGGGCAAUAAACCUUCAAUAACGUAAACCUCUUUUACCUUGUCAAGUCAAGUGGUAGUUGCAAUUCAGCGCUUGAAGCGGUCUUAGGUAAUCUUCUAGAGUGUGUAAAUAGGUGUUUUGGAGUGUUUGCUCAGUGAUGACUUCCGGAGACGAAAGUAGAUUUAUAAUAAGCGGUGGGCCCGCACCGCAAAAUAUCACCGAAGGGUGCGGAUCUUUGGGUGCCUUCCUGAGGAAUCGUAUGCGAUGCAACGGAAACGAGGUCGCGGUCAUUGAUGGAGUGUAUGGGUCAGAACUCCGGUAUCUGGAACUGUUAGAGCAAUCGGUACGUUUGGCGGAAUGUUUGCAGCAGUUUGCAGGGGUCAGGGUCGGAGAUGUGGUUGGUAUAGUUAGUGAGAACCGACUUGAGUUUCCUGCCGUCUUAUUUGCAUCGAUUUUCCUUGGCGCAAUGGUGGCACCCAUUAAUUUGACCUACAGUGAACGUGAACUGAAACAUGCGUUCAAUUUGUCGAAGCCGAAAAUAAUCUUCGUGUCACCAUUUUCUGCCGAUCGAGUGGUGUCAGCUGCCCGCAAGAACAAACACAUAGUUGAACGGGUUAUUCUAUUUGGGGAUGAAAAUCCGCACGGAAACGAUGUGGUGCUCUACGAAGACUUCCAAGCGCCGAUUUCGUUCGUUAACCCCCAGCAGUUCUACAUUCCACCUGUGAACAUCGAGGAACAGGUAGCGCUGAUAAUGUGCUCCUCAGGAACAACUGGGCUUCCGAAAGGAGUUCAGCUUACCCAUGCGAAUCUUUUGGCCAGUAUUGCCCUGCUGAAGGAAACAACUCUGUUGACUCAGCAGUCAGAAGAAAUGGUGCUACUAGGUGUUCUGCCAUGGUUCCACGCUUACGGCUGUAUGACCCUGAUCAACGUAAUUUGCAAUAAACAAAAACUCGUCUCGUUGCCUAAAUUUGACGAGGGCUUGUUUCUCAGUUGUAUCGAAAACUAUCGUUGCACAAUGGUUUUUGUGGUGCCACCGCUGGUGGUAUUUCUGGCCAAACAUCCACUGGUGGACAGUUACGACCUGUCCAGUGUGGACACACUUCUGUGCGGAGCUGCUCCUCUAAGCAAGGAGACGGAGGAUUUGGUGAGGAAACGUCUCAAUAUCAAACAUGUAAGACAGGGCUACGGAAUGAGUGAGACAACGCUGGCGACUUUGGUUCAAAAUGGCGAGAACCACAAAUCUGGCAGUGUGGGACGGGUACAGGUCGGUACAUUGGCAAAAGUAAUAGAUCCAGAAACGGGAACAGCACUCGGACCCAACCAACAUGGAGAGCUUUGCUUCAAGGGGUCACAGAUCAUGAAAGGAUACAUCGGGAACGAUGAAGCGACGCGACAAACGAUCGACGAAGAAGGAUGGUUACACACUGGAGAUAUUGGCUAUUAUGAUGAGGAUUUUGAAUUUUUUAUUGUGGAUCGCCUGAAGGAACUGAUUAAGUACAAGGGUUAUCAGGUACCACCCGCUGAGAUUGAGGCUAUUUUGUUGACGAAUCCGAAAGUGAAAGAUGCGGCUGUGAUUGGAUUACCGGAAGAAAGCGCAGGAGAGCUCCCGCUGGCUUUUGUAGUCAGACAGGAGGGCAUUGAACUUGACGAGAAGGAAAUUAAAAGGUAUGUGGCUGAGAGGACUUCCCCAGCGAAAAGACUCCACGGUGGAGUACGGUUUCUUUCGGAGAUCCCGAAGAACCUGAGUGGGAAAAUUUUGCGCCGAGAACUCAGAGCUAUGCUGCAAAAUCCAAAGUCUAAACUAUGAAAUGGUGUCGGUGUUUAAAGGGAACGUUCGGACCUCAAAAACUUUAAUGGAAUUUAAUGUUAUCAUACGAUAAGUUUGAAAUAAACCACAAAAUUUACUAAUAGUUC